GUCGUUGUGUUUCAGUCGUUCAGUGCCUUUCCUGCUGAAAGGACGUGUCGUAUUCGUUGUGCUUCUAAAUCAUUUGAACCAGGGUCUACCAUGCAAGUAACUCGAUCGCUUGCGGAUAUUUUGGAAAACAAACCGCAGCAAAAAGAGAUAGACGGUCUGUCGAACGCGGCAGCUGUUCAGAUCUUUUCCGGUCUGGGAUGUAUCGCUCUACAGGUAUUCCUGUUGGUUAAUUAUCACGAUGCGGACGAGAGCAUGCAACACAAUGGCAAUACGAUUUUCACGCUAGCUGUUGGAUCGUUUGGCUUGAUCGCUGGAAUAUUCGGAUGUUUUGCCAAAGUUUCACGGAAAUGGUUCAAUUACGCUUACCUGGCCACGUCCUUGGGUGUAGUGUGUUCUAGCAUAUUGUACUUCCUCGCCGGAUAUUGGGAUUUCUACAACGCAGUCAAAGAUUCGGGAAAGUUUUAUUACAUCACAGUUAACAAUCAUACGGAGCCAAUUCAACCAACUUUACCGUCGGACGACGAGCUCCAUUUUUGGCUGCGCGCUGGACUUUUCCUUUGCGUCAUCGUCUUGGCGCUAUUCAGUUUAGCCGGUAUGGCUAUCGUAGCCUCUUACCGUAUCUGCAACGGAGGAUGGACUAAGAAGGAAGAUUACAAGAGUCUGCUGGCCCAGCAAGAAUAAUCCGUCACUUUCCAAUACCUGUAGGGUAGCUGGGAUGUCGCUGUUAGUCCUCCAUCUCCUGUUUUCUUUUUAGUGCAAAUCCAUUAAUUUUUAGUGACAUGCAAGAGAGGUCCUUGUACAUAGACAUAGGAAGAUGAACGCGUAAAGCACUCUUGUCAUCCAGAGAAUCUCAUUUUCAAUAUACUUUGUUGUAUUAAAAAACAAAUGUAUGUUAAGAUAACCCACUUAAAAUGACCAAGUUUCAUUCACGAUUGAUUGCACGACAUCCCUAAUAAGGGGUCCCUUUUUCACACAAAACAAAAAGUAUUUAGAAUAGAGAUCUAGCACUCAGCUUUCAUUUCGAAACCGGUCCCGAAAGGUGUUCCAAAAGAGAAUGUAACCUCGAGACGUGACAAAUGCUUUUUUUUUCUUGUUGUUCUCAACAAGAUGAGGUGCAUCUAAACUCGACAGUCAUGGUUCCCAGUUUGCAUUCAUUCAUCAUCAGGUGCAUUAAAAAAUUUCGUAAAGUUAACCUUGGUUGCGGAAUUCCGUGUUGCCCACCUUGAACGACUGGCUGCUACUUAGUCAUUUCCCAGUGAUGAAUGUGCUAUUGACAUAUAUUCGUUGAAAUGAAUUUUUGUUUAACCUC